CUGUGCGAUCGCGUAACUCCGAGUGGUUAUAUAGCACAAGUAACUCUCAGAACAAAUCAAGCACAAAUAUAUCUUACCGCCUAUGACCAUGGCUUAACAUGGAUUUCCCUCACUGACGCUUUCAGGUUCGGUCUUCGUGGUCGCGAACUAGUCCAAACAGUCGGGAAGGGCAUGCUUCAAGGUGGGGGGACUUUCGGCAUGUUUAUGGCCGUGGGUACUGCUAUCCGAUGCUGA